GCAUAGUAUUACGUAGGAUAGGUACCUGUUAGGUCGCACAGCUCAGGCUCCACUCACUGUUCCAGCUCACUGACCAGCUUAACAGGCAGAAGAGGGAUCUUCCUCGAUGUUGGUUCUAUAACACCUCACCGCACCUCAACUAUACGUUUAUAUAGUCAGCCUGUAAUUAAUAAAUGCCUUCGUUGCCUAAUAUUCCCAGGAGGAUCAACACGUAUAAAGCCAGGUCCAAAUCGCCAAUUGACAAUGGAAGAAUUGAAUACUCACUACCCUUUUAAUCUACCCUAAAAGUGAUCAUUAGAAGAUUCUCUCAUUCGUAUAAAAAUUCACAAUGCCUUAUCUCAAAGACGUCAAAUACUCGCGCGAGGAAACCAUCGCUGUUAUCCGAGAUUUCUAUCAAUUCCUCACGAAAUUGUACCUCCCCGAAUCCGCCAUAGUCGAACCACCACCAGAAGGUUGGCCAACAAUUACGAAAGAGAAAUUCAGCCCCUUAGGAAAGUCGGACGAAGUCAUCGAACUUCUCCGCCAUCUCCCCUAUAUCCGCGAGCCUCCUGAUGAUAAAUACCGACUCUACGGCGGUCCUUUUAUUCAUUUGCAAGACUGGCGUAGUGGUCGCGAGAACCAGGCGCUACUCGAGGGUGACGGCGAGGGCCUUAAAGUUAUCACGGAGGGGUGGCAAGCGUUCGAAACUACACCCCCGGACGUUAUUGGCCUCACUAGCGGGGGGCGCGAUUACGCUGCUUUCCUGCUUGAUACCCAUCUAGGUGUAAUCUACUGGAACGACCAUAGUAACCGUACCGUACAAGAGAACCCAUCGCGGGAAAGAAUCCUGGAUGAACCUGACGACUACGCGCCAGAGGAGCAGCAUGAUUGGCGAUGGGAACCCGCGUGGGCCAUUGCUGAUUUCUUCGAGGUCAUUAAAGACGAGUACCGAUCUUUGCAUUUCGUACCGCUUAGCUGGAGGGAGGUGACCGAUAUUUAUAUGAUUUAUUCUGAGAAUGAGGAGGGCAUGCUCCCCAUGAUGCAGGAGAUCUAUAGACAGCAUGGGUGGCCUAAUUUAGAUGUUUAUCGCAAGGAGGAUUGCUUGAAGGCUGUGAGAGAGGCUCUUAAGGAGCAUUAUCCUGACAUAGCUUGGGACGAUACGACUGUGGAGGAGUACGAGGAUUGUAUUAAGCGAAAAGGAUGAGUGAUGCUAUCUACCAAGCAUCUAGGUAUAGUGAACCUAGAUACAUCUCGUACAUAUUCAAAUAGCAUUCUCAGCCGGGUCAUAGAUCAUAGACCACGUAUAUUCCGUGAUUCCUCCCCACGUAGAUAAAUCAGUGGUUAGACAUUCAACAUCGCGGAAACCGCAUUUCCGGUAUAGCGAGUGGCCUGCUGGAGAAGAAUCAAGGUACGCGAUUAGACCUAGCUUCUUCGCUUCUUCAAUGCCCCAUUUUACAAGCAGCUCGCCUGCGCCACGCUUCUGGUGUUUUGGGUCGGUGUGUAACAGCGAAAGGU